AUGCGCUUGUCUCUUACCAUCCUCACCGGCCUGGCCGCUCUUUCUCAAGGCUACGUCUUGACUGCUUAUAAAAAUGUCGAUGACUGCAAAGCAGAGGGCGACACCAACUACCGCAUUUACGAGGGCGACUACGACGGAUGCCAGAAGUUCGGUGGUCAGUCAGGCUCUACCUGUACAGAGUACUCCAAUGGCGGUACCAUUGGGCCCAAUGCUUAUUCAAACGACGUCUGGGAGGUGCACUCUGUUGCUCUCAAUGGAAAGACGCAAAUCAGUGGCGCUGAUCUGUGUUACACGUGUACUUACUACACUGACGAUCAUUGUUCGUCUCUGAACCAGAGUCCUCAGUGGUACUGUGAUGGAUGGGAGGCGGGGCCAAAGUCUUUCAGAUUCGUAAGUGUUCUUGGGAAUCCCAUAUAG